AUGUCCCGCAAGCACCUUGUAGUGACUCGCCCCCUGCGUCACAGUACGAUCAAUGGGGUACUAGAUCUAAAGAGAUGUGGGAAAGAUGCGAUGGGAAAAGGUACAAGUCUAGCUGGCACGGCCAAACUAUAUUCGGGAGGUCUACAACAGCGUCGUCCUGCUGGAUAUCGCUACUUCCCGCUCUUUCUCGACUUUUCCUUCUUGGCAUCCAGCCUUGAAGCCGUCUUUCGCCAGCUCCGCCAAGAUACGCCAAGACAAGAUAACCCGACGAAUCCCGACUUUCCGUCAAUUCCCACAGUAGGAGCUUGGGAGUUGCUAUGCUAUGCGGGUUCUACGCAUGGUAAGAUAUCACACUACUCACAGCUAGCGCAGUCGUCAAUCUUCAGUGGACAAUGA